AUGGGUGAUGGCAAAAUGUACGUUUCUGCAGCAAAGGUGUUCAUUGACUGGUUAGUGAGACACCUGCUGAGCUGUCUCUUCCCUGGCGCAGGGUUUGCCAGGAGAACCACAGCCCUCUCUGCCCUGUCUCUACUCAUGGAUAUGCUUUUCAAAAAGAACAAGACACAAACAUCCUUGCUUAGUGAGUUUUUGGUGCUGGAGACGUUGAUCUCUGGUCACGACAUCCGCUCACUGCUGGAAUGUCUGACAGAUAAGUUUGAAGACAACAAAACCCAGAGUUACAAGAUUCUCUGUCAUCUGUUGAAGGCCAACUUCAUUGACAAGUGGGACACUAAUUGGCCAAGGGCUAUGUUUGAGUCUGCAUUGACGUUGUGUGUGAGCACCAAGCCCCAGGACUGUACGACUGCCGCCUAUAUCUUCCUUCUGGUUGUCAAACACCCACGCUUUCUCACACUCAUCUUAGACAGUUUUGACAAGGCUGGCUUCAAUGCUGGUACACACAAGUCCAUUUCUUCUGACCAUUCACCUGGUGGUCUGUCACUUGACCACGAACUUGAUCAAUCCUCUCCGCAACACACAGUUUACCUGUUGCUGAGGUUGUUGUUGAAGAGGUUGAGUGAGCAGGUAACCGUGGCCAGGAGUAACCUGUUAAGGGCAGCUGCCUCUGGCCCACUCUAUCCAGUCAUACACUGUAUUCGCUACAUCCUGACGGAUCUACCGCUCAGCAGUGUGAAGACUGAUGUAAGAUGGAGGGGUCUGUUGGCAGACUUGAUUCAGUGCUGUUGUGAUGCUGCUGAGGUUGUCUCCCCUAUUGUGCAGAAUUCCUCACCAGAGGGAAAUAUUCCAUUGGAGGUCAUUAAAGGGGGAGACCUGGGGCUGGUGUGUGGCUCUGAGGAAGGAGGCACCACCCCGACUGAAGGCAGCACAGGGGAGGGUCAGGUGGGGUUGAUGCCCGAAUACCUGGUUGUUUGUUGCUGGAGGACCACUAAGGAAGUGUCCCUUCUGUUAGGACAAGUAGCUGUCCAGGCUCCUGUCAUCCCCCCUGGAGAGGAGGAGCAGACACAAGGGAUGAUCUCAUAUCAGCAGAUUUUGGACAUAGGCGAGUAUUUCAUCAACCAGCUCCUGGAGUCGAAACACCGAGGUGCGUUUGAGAUGGCAUAUGCCGGGUUUAUCACUAUGAUGGGCAUGUUGUGGAGGAGCCCAGUAGAUUGUGUGAGAGAGCUUCCAGAGAAAUGGCUCAGUCAGGUGAUGCAAGACAUCCAAUCAGAAGAUGGCAUGUCAAAACUCUGCGCUACACGAAGAAGUGCUGGGGUUCCCUUCUUUAUUCAGGCUGUUCUGGGGACAGAGCCUGACGUGAUGGGGAGGUCAAAGUUCAUGGAGACGAUGACACAGCUGCUAGGGCUAGCAUUACAGACUGAGGAAUAUCUACGGCCUAACACUGAUGCUCAGGUGCAUGCUGUGAACAUCUUGAGGGCUCUGUACUGUGACAGUCAGCUGAGUAAGGAUGUCACUCCAUACCUGGCGGAUGGGCUCAGGGUGGCUGUUCUAGGCUUCUCCUCACCAGACUGGGCUAUCAGAAAUUCUUCCACAUUAUUAUUCAGUGCUCUGAUAACGCGAAUAUUUGGGGUGAAGCGCAGCAAGGAUCAGUCUGGCACGGUGAGAAAAAACUGUCUUACAGGUAGGAACUUCUUCCAGCGUUUUCCAUCACUCUAUCCAUUCUUGUUAAAGCAGCUUGAAGACGCCACCUCCAAUAUUGGGAACUCAGGUUGUCUUCAACUGCACCCUGGCCUCUACCCUGUUCUGAUGGUACUGGGGCGCCUGGUGCCCUCAGUCAUGGAGGGGGGAGACACCAGUCUGAACAUGGCCACGUUUGUCCCUCAUAUCAUCAGAUGCUCCAGCAGUCCGGUGUUGAAGAUCCGUCUUAUAGCGGCCCGUGCUCUUCAGCCAUUGGUGUUUAAGGACCAGGUGAUCAGUGUACUGGUUGAUCUCACGGACAGACUACCCAGUGCCCCAGGGGUGGCAACGCAGAGCCACAUACAUGGCUUACUGCUACAGAUCUGUGAAGUGCUGUGCUACCAGGACCAGUUGUCUCCCGUCCUCAGGGAGAGGCUGGCAGGGGAGUUACCACAGAGAAUUAUGCCAAAGUUGUGGCUGCUAGGCAGAUCUAACAGCUGUGUGCUAACUCGUAAGGUGAUGCUGCAGACAGUGGCUAGGGUGUUAAGGCUUCCCUCCCCUACUGACCACACCCAUCAUGAGGUACUGAGACUGCGGAUCAGUGAAACCCUAGCCACUGAGCUAAGCCAGUUCAGGUGUUACAACCCCCAGACCCCUGCCCUGACAGAGUACCUGGUCACGGUGACACAGCUGUACCUGAGCACUUCCCCACCCCGUGCACCUCCAGACCUCGUCAGUCUUCUCACCUGUGAACACUAUGAGGUGAGAAUGGCUGUGCUGGAGCACCUGCACAACUGUUUGACAGAGGUCACAGUCACUGGGGUGGAGAGUGGAGAUAUCUCCAGGAUGGAUGCUAACAUAGAGGCCACAAAUAAUACACCAGGUCGACAGGCCAACACCUUCAUGGAUUCCUGUACAGACAACAAAAGUUACGCCUGUCACAAAGAUUCAGUAAACUGGCAACAUACGGCGUCCUUGUUUGCUCAUCUCAUUGCCAUGGUUUUUGGACAAGAAACAUGGGAGCCCUGCUUGUCUAAGGUGUUGGCGGUAUUAAGUGCCUACCCCUGCCUGCCUGAAGCAUUGGAGACUGAAAAAUAUGACACCACUAAGAUAUUCAGCAGAGUUAUGGGCCUUGCCCAAGGCACUGACAAUUAUGACCUGAAGUGCUCUGCAAUAUUAUUCAACAACGCCAUCUUCAGUCUCAUUUAUCAAAGGGGAGCUACUCAGGCUGGGAAUGCCACUGCUGGUGACCUGGUUCAGCGUUGGGUUUCGUUGUUGGAGGACUGUUGCCAGUCAGAGCAGAGUGAGGAGGUUAAACUGAUCGUGGCAGGAGUGAUUGUGUCAAACGCUCAUCACCUACUGAUUGACCCACAAGCUGUUUUAGGUAGGAAAAGCAUCAGUCAGGAAAAAGGUUUUUCUGAUGCAGAAGCUUUUUAUUUUUUUUGUAUCAAAUAA